AUGGAUAUGAUAAUGAAUGAUGCAAAUGAUGCUUAUGACAGCCAAUUUUCAAAAGAUGUAUGUCCAUUCGAAGAAGCUGAAAAAUACUUAAACUCGUCACUGCCUGCUAAUAUAAAAAAAAUAUUCAUUGCAAACGGAUUUUCAAAUCAUUUAAUAAUAUCAAAAAUAAAUGAUAGUGAUAUUGAAUCAACUGAACUAUUUGCUAGGGACUUAUUACCAGAUCUGAUAGACGAGGAUGAAUAUUCUGAAUAUUAUGGUAUAUUUAAAAAAAAUGUAAAAAAAUUUCAAAUUUUAACAGGAUACAAAAAACUUUUAAUGUGCAUUUCGGAUUUCUAUAAAGAAAAGUUGGCUAAAAAAAACACUACCCAACUUGUAGCACCAAAAAGUAAAAAAAAAGCCAUUAAUAGUAUACAAUCACUCAAUGAAGUUGAUGAUGUACCUUCUUCCAAAAAGUGUCGAGUGCAAGUUUUAAAUGUGGAUUUACCAACAGAAAGAGCUGUUGUGCUAAAAAGAAUAACUGACUGGGUAAACCUAAAUUGUAUGGAUAUAUUUAAUGACAAAGAGCUAAAUAUAACGUUGCAUAUUGAAAAUAAAAUUGUAAAUAAUACUGAUGAUGAUGAAUCAAAUAAUGAAAAUGAUAUUGUUGCAACAGUGUUAUGUUUUGUAUGCAAAUUACCAGUUAAAAUAUUGAAAUUAGCAAGUCCGGGACAUCCAAAAAGAUGGGUAUUUUCAAACUAUUAUAAACAUGUAAAAAUACACAAGGGAAAAUCUACAGCUACUAGUACUAGAAGAGACGAAAACAAAACAAUACAGACCAUCGAUAAAUUUAUUAGUUGUGUGCCUAAAAAAAUAUUACCAAUCACAUCAUCAACCAACCAACCAGAAGUCAUGUCAAACAUUGUAAAACCAUCUAGUUCAAUUGAAAAUCAACAGGAUUUUCAUGAAUGCAGAGUUAUUGAGGCGGAUAAUUCUUGUGUUUUAAUCGUUCAAACGCCCAAUACAUUCAAUGCAGUUGUUAAUACUGAAGUUGAAGUUACAAAAUCUGAAUCAAAAUGGACUAAAGCAAAAUAUCAAAGAUGUGAACGAGAAAAACGGCGCAGAGAAAGAACUUUAUUGCAUGAUAAAUUACCCCAACCACUAAUCACAAAUUUCUUUCCACUACUUGAUAAAGUGAGUAAACUUAUAGAUGAGAACACAAAUUUACGUAACCUUUUUAUUAAGAGUAUUGAAGAUAAUAAAACAUUAACUCUAGACAAAAAAGUACUAGAUUCAAAUACUUUACUAAAAUGUUUGUAUGAAUGUGCAUCAAAAAAUCAACUGAAUACUAAAAACAAUAACAGAUUUGAUGAACAGCUAAAAAAGUUUUCUGUUUACUUAUUCAUUGUAGGAGGGAGACUACUUUAUGAGACUUUACACAAAAAUAUGAAUGAUGCUUUGCCUUCAAUUUCUACACUAUUUCGUUUUCUUGAUAACACUCAAAAUAAUGUAACUGAAGGUUGUUUUAGAUUUGAAGAGUUGAGAGUAUUUCUAAUUAAAAGAAAUCUGCCUCCUAAAAUAUGGAUUAGUGAAGAUGCAACAAGGAUAACAGGAAAAAUUGAAUAUGAUACUAAGUCCAAUAAAGUAAUUGGUUUUGUUUUGCCUCUUGAAAAUGGUUGUCCACUGUAUGAUUCUUUUCCAGCAACUUCGGCAAAAAGAAUUACAGAAUACUUUCAAACCGGAAUUCGGGCAAAUUAUGCCUAUGUUAUAAUGGCACAAUCACUAGAUGACAAGGCUCCGCCAUUUUGUGUUGCAAUUUAUGGAACAGAUAAUCGCUUCACAAAUGAAGAUGUAAUAAGUCGUUGGAACUUUAUGAAACUUGCAGCCGCUAGUCAAGGAAUUGAAAUUAUUGGUUUCUCAUCUGAUGGAGAUACUCGAUUACUGAAAGCAAUGCAAUUACAAAGUUUAUCCCCCAGUUUAUCCAUAUACGCUAAAGAAAGUAAUUUAAAUGUUGAUGUAUUGAAUGACACAAUUGAAACAGCUGAAACAGCAAAUGAUUGGUCGUGGUUUUCAAUUGGGCAUCCACCAAUCGUAUUCAAAGAUGAAACUAACCAAGAAAUAUACAUUCAAGAUACUGUACAUAUUGGAACAAAACUUCGAACCCGAUUCCUCAAACCUAAUAUUGUUCUUCCAAUGGGAACCUACUUUGCCUCUGUAGAUCAUCUCAUAGAAUUAACAAGAAACUAUACAAAAGAUAAACAUUUAUUAACCAUGACAGAUCUUAAACCAGAGGACAAAAUGAAUUUUCAAUCGGCCCAAAAAAUGUGCUCUACCAAAGUUUUAGAAAUCUUAAGUCAACUUCCAGAUACAAAUGCAACAGUGGCAUAUUUAUCUGUUAUGAACUAUAUUUUAGCAUCUUUUUUAGAUAAAGAAUUAAAUGUUGAAGAAAGAAUAUAUAAAAUAUGGUUCAGUGUUUUUUUUUUGAGAAUCUGGAGAGCAUGGUUAAAAAAUAAAAAAGAGUUCACUAUUGGUAAUAACUUUAUUACUAAUAAUUGUUAUAACUGUGUUGAAAUUAAUGCGCAUUCUUUGAUAAGGCUAGUAGUUAAAUUUAGAAACGAUACAAAUCUAACUGCUGACAUGUUUACUAUUUGGAAUUUCAGCAGUCAAACAUGUGAACAAUUUUUUAGAGCAACUAGAUCUCUAACAACAACAUUUUCAACUGUAGUAAAUUUUUCUAUGAAAGGCAUUAUUUCUAGGCUAAAACGUAUUGAAACUAUUAAUACUAUAAAAACUGAAUUAAAAAAUGCAUCUUCAGGUAUUACUUUUGCCCGAGAAAAAAACACAAAAUCCAUACCACCAUAUACUAAUUUUACUAUUUAUACUGAAAAUAAUAUUGUAAGUAUAAUUAACAGGAGCUGCAAUGAUGCUAAGUAUAUGGCAAAAAAUCUUGGAAUGAGUAUAGAUGAUGAUAUAAUUAUGAUGCAAAGACCUCUAAUUACUAAAAAAUUUGAAGAUGAAACUCGUGCUGAUAUAGAAACUUCUGAUGAAGAAUCAUCAUAUACAAAUGUAGAGUUGUGUUCAGUCCAAGAAUCUGUUGAUCAUUCUUCAGAAGAAAUAGAAUUUGAUGCUGCUGAAGACUUAGACAACUUAUUAAUACUGGAAAACUGUGGAAUGGGACUUAAUUUAAAAGAUUUUAGUAAGCAAUUUAUGAACGAUGAUGAUUUGAGCAUUUCUAAAAUACCUAUUAGUUCACCAUUUGUAAAUGUAAUAUUGGCUAAUAAGACAUCAAUGAUAAUAAAAAAAUCUUCACUUUGUUGGCUUUUGGAACAACCACGCGACCGAGUUAGUAGUGAUAGGUUAAGAAGAUUUAUUAAUACUUCCAAUAGUAGACCACAUCAAUCUAUUUCCUUUAAAGAAAAGGCUAGAGUAAAAAAAAAAAAAGUCACAUGUGAAGCAAGUAUAGAAAAGUCUGCUGAGGACAGUUCCUCACAAUCUAGUGACCAACAAUUAAUUUUAAACGACGACCCUAGUUCUGAAAAUGUUGAUAGCAGUGAUGAUGAAAAAAAUACAGAGACAAUAAAUAUUAAUAUUGAACAUUAUUAUGCUGUUAUAUAUGACAAUGGAUGGUAUAUUGGACGAGUAAUUAAUAUUAAUGAAAACCAAUAUACAAUAAAAUUUUUAAAAGAGGAAUUGGACAAAUUCAAAUGGCCUACCAAUGAUGACAUUCAAGUUGUACCAAGGAAAUAUAUAUUUUAUGGGCCUAUCGAAUUGAUCGGGUUCAGCCCAUUUGAAAUAAAAAGAUCAGAGAAACUAAAAAUUAUAAAAAUGUACAAACAAUUAAAAUAA